GGCCGAAGCAGUAGGCGGCGCUGUGGGUUUUAGAGUGUUUCCGUGCACACUGUGGACACGUCAUGCUAGCGGAAGACUAAAAUCAUCUGCGCGUGCGUUCAACUGUCUUCGGAAUUUUGGGGUUCAAACCAGCGGGUGAAGAUGAGGCUGCUCUGUGUAUUUGCUCUGGUUGCUGUGGUGGGUCUGGUGGCAGGAGAAGAAGGAGCUCGUCUGUUAGCCUCCAAGUCCCUGUUGAACCGAUAUGCUGUAGAGGGACGAGACCUUACCCUGCAGUACAGCAUCUACAAUGUGGGCACCAGUGCUGCCCUGGAGGUUGAGCUGUCUGAUGACUCCUUUCCCCCUGAAGAUUUCGGCAUUGUCUCAGGAAUGCUCAAUGUGAAAUGGGAUCGUAUUGCUCCUGCCAGUAAUGUUUCUCACACAGUGGUUCUCCGGCCUCUAAAAGCUGGAUACUUCAACUUCACCUCUGCUUCUGUUAGUUACCUGGCCCAGGAGGGUGGACAGGUUGUGGUUGGUUACACAAGUGCUCCGGGUCAGGGAGGCAUCCUCGCCCAGAGAGAGUUUGACAGACGCUUUUCUCCACAUUACCUGGACUGGGCAGCUUUUGGUGUCAUGACCCUUCCCUCCAUUGGCAUUCCUCUGCUCCUGUGGUACUCCAGCAAGAGGAAGUACGACUCACCGAAAAGCAAAAAGAACUGAGUUAUCUAAUGCAAGACAAAAACAGAUCAGGGAUCAUACAUGGGUGGGGGGAGGAGUGUUAAGUGAAUUAUGGUGAAGCUGAGAAUGUUGUUUUUGAAUAAAUUAAUUACCCAUAUUGGGGUAAAUGGUCAAUGAUUUAAUCUGUUUUUAAGUGAUGUUGGUCUUCAUCAGAAAAUUUGUUUGAGGGAUAAGCAUCAAAUAGGAUGUUCACCGUCUGCUUUUGAUUAUUUAAAGUGGCCAUUCCAUGGUGGCUUCAGGUGCACCAUCUUAUUUUUUGUUUUGUUUUUUUGUAAUGAUUCUCAAAUGCUAAACAGAACUGUACAGCUCUUCAUGAUCAAUGUGGGGCUUGUUUGUGGAAAUAAAAGAGGGUUUUACAGA